UAUCUUGAUUCGAUCGGUGAGAUUCAGUAUGACGGUCUCUCGUUAGCGAAUACGACUGGGAGUGACGUGCCAAGUUAUUCCGAGUACUCGCUUCCCCUAGCCCUAGUGUUGAUCCGAAUAGCACCAAUAUGAUCAGAAACAAAAUUAUGGUCACAGCAGGAGUCGUCACACUGUUGCAAGCACUGGGGCAACUAUUCUUCUCUUCAUUAUGUCUGGCGCAGUAUUUCUGCAUUAUCGACUUUCUGAGAGGACUGCCGCUUCUUCUCUACGUUAGAAUACUCUACUUUCACAAUCCGGGACCUUGCGGUGUUAGAGUAAACAUCGGCGAAGUUAUAGACGGCAUUGCUAACCAAGCAUUCGUCUUGAUAACUCAAGAAUCAAUGCCAGUAUUUCGGACAUUUCUCAUAAACUGCAUCAGCUUAGGGCUCAGUGUGCCAUGGGUCCUUUCAAGCAUAUUUAUCAUCAUGGGAGGGGCGCGGAACGACAAAUCAAAGGGAGUGCGAUUUCCUUGGAUCAUGACGACGCUAACGGUUUGCGCCCUAGACUUAGUGGCUACUGUCAUUUACGCGAAUGAUUCUUUCCAUACUAGGACAUUGUCCGACAUAAUGGAGUUCGUGAACGGCGUGGCCAGCGGACUGGGUGGUGCCAACCUUGACACGAGCUGGGCAGCUUGGAUCAUGGUGUUGGUGUACUCCCGCCUGGUGGUGCUGUUCGUGUUCAACCUGCUCCUGCUUGUCUUCGUCAUCGUGGACUGCAAUGCGGACCGGCGGGUGGAGGUCGACACUGGUGUCCAAGUAGAAGCCCCUACAAUAUCCACACAGACAACCAGCGACAAGGACUUGGACACGGACAGUCUCACAAGCGAGCCCCCGAGGAUCCCGCGGCCUUUUCUGAGCCGCUCCUUCAGGAGAAUGAAAGAGUUUUUGUUUAAGAAACCUUCUCCGCCCCCACAAAGGACUACGUCUGUCCCGGAGUCGAUAAACGAAUCGCCACACAGGUCACUACAUGCGCAACAUGUCAACAUCGACAAGAAGACCGUGAAUUUCCCCGAAAAUUUACUGUCACUGCCUCAAAGGCUCGAAAACAUGAUCGCAGAACAACAACGGAGACUAGACAACGCAGUGAUCGACACGUCUGGGCGGCGCAGCCCACCACGAACAUCGCAGUCUAUGCCGCAUCUCAACCUUGCCUCCGCUCAGGAUAACCACGGUCGUCGCGGUACUGCAGCAGAACUGCAAGGUCAGUUGCCGUGGGCCUACAUUCCGGCGCCUGCGCAUCGCAUGCGGGACCAGCUGCCUCCCGACGAGGACCUGCCGCCCGUCCCGCUGCCGGACUACACCGCCAUACAGCCCUUUAGGAAAGCCUCGGUCCACCGCGCAGCCUCCAGUCUCAGUUCCCUCAUACAGAAACGAGAAGCCCUAGGCCAAUCACGACCCACACUAAAUCAAUCGGAUGUUUUGUACUAAGCAACGGUAAAUGAAGAUUACUUGUUUGUAAAAUGAAAUGAAUACCUAUAAGGUUAUGAAUGAGCGAAAUGUAUUCUUGAAUGUGUGCUUCAGUGGAACAAUGUUUUAAAUAAUAAGGUGAUUGUGUAAAAUUUUAAAAACGGGGCUCCUUUUCCGUCUGCGAUAUAAACCAACAAGUUUUUUUUCAAAAUUAACAGUGAUGUGCUUGUAACUUAGAUUAAGAAUAUUUUUUGAUCGUUCGUUCUUUUGUUCGUUACUUUCAAUUGUUUACCUACCAAUUGUUAUGUUAGCGAAUGUAGGAAAUUUUAAAUCAGAGACUUUUAAAACAGUGAAAUAUCUAAUAAAUUAUAAGUGUCCUCUAUCUGGGACCGACCUUUUCUCAAUAAUAAAGAAACGGUCAAGUUUAUCUCCAUUCGUCACUUUUUGUUUCCUCACUUUACUUUGACAUCAAAGUUUAGAAAUUAAAUUGUAGACAAUUUAAGCGAAGACUUUUUUCGAACACUUAUAUAUCAUGUUUGCACCUAUGGAAUACAUUGUUACUUUCCUUUCUAUUGUUUAAUAGAUAGCGUAAAGCAUUUCCACAACUGCCCUAAAAAUAAUUUCACUAAGGGAGAAACUACAGCGCACAUUUACGCGUACUAUGGCAACGCCCUUUCUUCAGAUUAAAAAUUUACAUAAGAUCGUGACAUUCUGUCAGCUUUUAAAAACCUAGGGUAAACUGAGUAAUAUCCCGAUACUCAACUUUUUAUUUAAAUUUAUGUCGUGAUGUGUAUAACAUAUAGACAGCCUAUAUUAACAACCCUGGUUUAAAUUACUCAUACAUGUUAAAUACGACCAGUCUACAAUGACUUUGACUACUCUGUAAAAGUGCCUUCAAGUCAGUGCAUUUAAUAUUAUGAUGUUGAUUGUAUGUAAGCAUAUCUAGUUAUUAAUUGUUAUUAUCUUGCAAUGACAAUACUAAGAUGAUUUUAUUAUUUUAGCUUUUAAUGUAACAGGUUAAGUUUGUACAAAUUAAAUAUU